AUGACCCUUCCUUGUCCUCCGUUCAAAGCCAAAGCCAUUUGGAGUUGGGGUGGCAACAACAAGGAUAAGGAUCUUGGGUUUAUCGAGGGAGAUAUCAUCGAGGUGUCCAAAACUUCCUCAGACGGCCAAUGGUGCUACGGCGUUUCACUAAGAACCAAACUUACUGGAAGAUUCCCGACCAAGUUCAUCCAGGUGCUGCAGAUCAAGGAGUCCGGGUCGCGAAAGAGCCUGCUGGAAUUGAAGGAGUCUAGCUCCUCCAAGUCUCUCAGACUCACACCGUCCGCCUCGUCCAGCAGCCUGAAACUAGGCUCUUUUGUUUCCGUGCCGACGGACGUCACGAACUACGACGAGGUCCCGCCUCCACCGCCAAAGCACCAGUAUUCCACAUACAACAAACUGUUCACCUCGUCAUAUACGCAGCGGAUCCUUGACUCGUCCACCUUAUCAACAGACACGGAACGGUCCUCCUACUUUGGACAUUCGGACUUUUCCGCCACCUCAGCGGGCUCGUUGAUGCGACACAAGGAAUCAAAAAUGCAGGCCAGUACGUCGGACAGCGACAGACAUGAUCUGGUGAGCUCGAUGCUCGAGAAGGGCCCUACUGCCAAGCACCCUAACUUCUUUAGAAGGUUUCUGGGUCGAAGGUCUGUCGAGCCUUCGUUAGACGACCAGAUUUUCAGCACGAGUCUCGAUAAGCUCGAGGAGCUCACGAUAAUAGAGACAAAUACCGACGACGACCUGGCGAGAACGCAAACUCUGAGCGGACGCGACAGGGCCAACAGAAAGUCCCGUGUUGUCCAGGAAGAGCCCGACCUGAUUCUGCAACCGCAAAAGGCUAUCUCGAGCCUGAACGUCGACGAGAAGCUGUCGUACUCUACUCCGUCUAUGAUUGACGCGACAGACUUAGACCACGUCGAUGAGUUUGUGGCAGAGCUGCCGGACGACCGGUUCAUAGGGCCCAGGGAGAUUGUGAAAAACCGUAUAGUUCCAAAGUUGCCAACUUCCCUCGAGCGACUGAGAGCAAUUUACAUCUAUCUCACCACUAGGUUCGAAAUCAUAGGGAAACAAGAAAAACUCAGCGCCAAAGUGUCGCCAUCCGAAACCGUGUUUACAGACAUCAUUCAUAGAAAAAGAUGUACCGGCCACGAGCUCACGUGGAUGUUCUAUAUCAUGGCGUCGCAUCUGGACCUCGAAAUGGAAAUAAUACUUGGAAAUUUUAAAAGACCGCUACAACCACUCGACAGCAACCUUGUGCUCAACCACACAUGGAUAUCAGUGCUGGUGGAAGGUGAAUACCGCUUUAUUGACGUUGCUCUUGGAAACCACACCAAUCCAAUAAAUGAUGAGCUCAAUUUAAUUGAGCCGCUAUCGCUACAGCAAAACUCCGAGUUUUACUUCCUCACUAAGCCCUUGGACCUGCUCUACACCCACGUUCCGAUGCAUGCAGACCAGCAGCAUAUCGUUCCUCCCCUGGAUCCUUUGGUCCAGAUGGCGUUACCUCCAUUAUAUUCAGGCUUCUUGUAUUACAAACUUAGUCUUUACAAGUUCAACCAUUCACUGUUCCGCCUAAAAGAUUUGGAGUUGAUUGAGUUCGACCUCGAAAUUCCAAGAAAGAUCGAUGUCCGCGCGAUCGUCAGGUCAUACGAUAAUGAUGCCCAGGGGGAAGCACUGGUACAGAUUUACAUGAAAAGAGACAAGAGGCUGGCGAAGAUCAAGGCAGCAAUGCCUCCAAGGUGCUCUUUGGGCUUCAUCUGUGUCUAUGCUCGCUCGACUUCGCGUCCGGGAGCAGACUUCUCGAUGGUUCUUUCUUUGCCCUGCUCUCACAAGGGAAAAUACAAGCCGAUAGAAUGGGUGAAGAAGAACGAUAACAAUGCUCAUCUAGACUUCGAUCUGUACAUCAAACAGCCCCAGAUAUUUAAUCUGACUCAAAACUCGCCAUAUACAUUCCAGGUGUUCUCCACCGAUAGCACAAUCAAGUGCAACCUAAUUUCUCCCACUGGGACUUUCCAUCUGUUGCAAUAUCAGAACGAUGCGUUUGAGCUUACAAAGCGUCUGAAUGAGCCCGGACUAUGGAGACUCGUGGUUCUCAACAACGAUUCCUGGCACGUUUACGCUGAAUGGUCAUGCUCUUGA